UAAAGCCCGUCCCACUUGAGUCUUGACCGCCCCGCCCGUCAUGACUUUGCUGUGCACUCGUCUCGAAAUAUGAAGCAACCAAUGAACCGCAGUACCGAGGGCUGCUGGACCUGCAGGAUCCGGCACCGAAAAUGCGACGAAUUGCGCCCCAUCUGCAAAGAGUGCAGCGAUCGCUUGAUCAGCUGCCAUGGGUACGGGCCGAAGCCCGGCUGGGUUGACGACCCUUCUCAGCUCGACGCUGAACUGACCCGAAUCAAACGCGCCGUCAACGAAAACUUCCGCCGCAACAAGAGGCUGCGCAAAGGGCGUUCGUCGACGGCCAGGAAGCCGCCCGACGGCCACGAGGUUCUGGACUUUUCGGAACCCGUAGCAUCAAGAGCCGUCUCGCCAAGUGUUGGCAUGCCCUAUCGAGAGUCGCAUCUUCUGAUUCAUUAUCUCGACUACAUAUUCCCUCUCCAGUUUCCAUACUAUGUUGAUAAUCCCGAGCUCGGAGGCCGAGGCUGGCUCUUCUGGCUGUUGAUGAGAAAUGGGCCGCUCAACCAAGCCAUCCUCACACUCUCAGCCCUUCAUCACCACGCACGAUUUUCUAACAAGACCGGGACUACCGAGCGGGAGCUGAUCGAGUAUCACACUCGCGCGCUGCAGGGGCUUCGGGAGACUUUGCUCCAGUACCAGGUUGAUGGGUUCGCGGCGAGCAAUGAACGGUUGAUUGACUUUCUGGGGUGCGGCUCUACGCUACUGAGUUUCGAGGUAUUCCGAGGGGGAACGGCGAGCUGGCAGCCACACCUCAACGCGCUCAGCAUGGUGGUGGACAGAAUGGCCCCUUCUCCAUCUCAAGUUCCCUCCGGACACCAGGGAGCAUUCUUCAAGGCCGCUCCGAAGGAAGCCGACAGUGUGGAAAAUGCUAAGGCGUUCAUGGUGGCGACGCUACUAUGGUUCGAUCUUCUGGCGUGCACGUCGUGCGGCACAUCUCCAAAGAUCUCGUCCUACGAAUUAUGGCUCGACCGUAGUGGCAUUGAAAUUGGGCCCCUCAUGGGCUGCUACAAUUGGACUAUGAAGGCUAUUGGCGAUAUUGGGACGCUCAGCGCUCGAGUGGCGUCCGGGGACUCCGAGGUCCCAGCUGAGGCCUUGGACGUCAAGAAACGACUGGAGGCUGGGCUGAGCCAGCUUGACUCGGCAAGAGAGCCACCAAUACCUAGAGCCCAUGCUGUGUCGCGUGUCUUUGCGACAGCUGCGCUUGUGGAGCUCUAUACUCUAUACCCAGACCUCUGUAUGCCGGAUUUAGGGGUGGCAGAGGCUGUGGAAAGGGUCAUGGCUUCCAUCCGCGUUCUCCCAGAGAGGGUAUCUCUUCGCGGUUUGACAUGGCCCAUCUGCAUCGCAGGCUCGAUGGCAAACCCAGACCAGCAACUGUUUUUCGAGGCGAUGAUGUCAAAGAUUCUGAACCCGUCGGGACCGGGCUUCAGCAACUGCGACACGGUUUUCCGCAUAAUGAAGCACUGCUGGAAUUACCGAAGGAACCAUCCGGGCGAGCCGUGGAAUUGGCGCGACGGCAUGAAGGACAUGGGUAUUUGCGCUCUUCUGGUCUAGCGGGAGCACAUCUUACGGUACAGCUCGUGUUUAUUGUAUUUGGAUUGUUUGAAAUAUCAUAGCGAGUUUUAUCCAGGUUCCCCAGACCUUCAUUCCCCCAGGUUUGCGCUCUAUCCUCGUGUCCUUCAAAGAAGCAAGGAAUGUCUGGGGUUCAUGGGUGCGAUACCAGAUCUGUCGAGUCAGUGACGUCUGUUCAAGUCGACGCGAGGAUGAAAACGCCACAAGGUGGGACGACACAUGCAGGGCGUGGGGUAGGGCGGAAGCUAUUCCAUUUCGGACCAGUCCUGGGAAGGAAAGUCGAGGCGCUGCAUGGAGCCGAGCUUGUUAGCCAAUGUG